GGUUUAUUUAGAGUGGAGCAAUGCAGACAGACACUGUGAAUAUACAGCAGAAUAGAGUAAGCAUGAUUUUGUGCAAAAAUUUGGAUGUGUUGGUCUGUGGAGAGUGACAGAUGUCAUGCCUCAUCUACGGUGCUCAGAAGCUGUUCUGCUACUCUUCAUCUUUGCGCAAGUCACUGCAGGCCUAAAAUGUGUUUGUCAGCUGUGUGUGAACCACACCUGUGAGACAGAGGCAGAUGGUGCAUGCUGGAACUCUGUGAUGCUCAUUAAUGGCAAGGAGGAAGCUGUCAAGUCCUGCCUGUCUCCAUCAGAGCUGAAGGGUCAGAUGUUCUGUUACAGCUCCAGAAAUGUCUCCAAACGCAACUGCUGCUUUACAGAUUUCUGCAACAAUGAGACUCUCCAUCUCAGUCCAGAGCCGUCAUCUGAGAGCUUUGGCUGGAGUCAACUGGAACUGGCAGCAGUAAUUCUUGUGCCAUCGUGCCUGUUGUGUGUGGUCGUUGUUCUGGGAGUUUUUGCCAUUCAGAACCUGCACUGCGCACACAUUAAAGCCCGCAGACAAGACCCAGAAGAAACCCUAGAUGACCAGACUCUGGUGUCACCUGAGAAAUGUCUAAAGGAACUCAUCUUUGACAUGAGCACCUCCGGCUCUGGGUCAGGAUUGCCCCUGUUAGUACAAAGAACAAUUGCUCGGACAAUCGUGCUUCAGGAGAGCAUUGGGAAGGGACGUUUCGGGGAGGUGUGGAGGGGCAAGUGGAGAGGGGAGGACGUUGCUGUGAAGAUCUUUUCCUCACGAGAUGAGCGCUCCUGGUUCCGUGAAGCUGAGAUUUAUCAGACCGUCAUGUUGCGACAUGAGAAUAUUUUGGGAUUUAUCGCUGCUGAUAACAAAGAUAAUGGCUCCUGGACACAGCUGUGGUUGGUGUCAGAGUACCAUGAGCAUGGGUCGCUCUUUGAUUACCUGAACAGAUACACAGUAUCAGUGGAGGGGAUGAUAGUUCUGGCACUGUCCAUUGCCAGUGGCAUUGCCCACCUACACAUGGAGAUCAUUGGCACACAAGGAAAGCCUGCCAUUGCCCACAGAGACAUAAAAUCAAAAAACAUCCUGGUGAAGAAGAAUGGAACAGCUGUAAUUGCUGAUCUUGGUCUGGCUGUGAAACAUGACUCCUGCACCAACACCAUUGACAUUCCCUUCAACCACAGGGUGGGCACGAAGAGGUACAUGGCACCUGAGAUCCUUGAUGACUACAUAAACAUGAGCAGCUUUGAGUCAUUUAAGCGAGCUGAUAUCUACUCAAUGGGACUGGUGCUGUGGGAACUUGCCCGCAGAUGUUCUGUCCGAGGGAUUUAUGAAGAUUUCCAGUUGCCUUAUUAUGAUCAGGUGCCAUCAGACCCAUCAGUAGAGGAUAUGAGGAAGGUGGUGUGUGAACAGAAACUUCGCCCCAACAUUCCUAAUCAGUGGCAGAGCUGUGAGGCACUGAGGGUUGUGGGUAAGAUCAUGCGGGAGUGCUGGUACAUCAAUCCAUCAGCUCGCCUAACUGCACUACGUGUCAAGAAGACUUUAUAUCAGGUGACUGUGAUCAAGGACAUUAAAGAGUAAAGCACUGGCCUGUUGAAACAUUUCAAAUGGUUAGUCUGACAUGCCAAAGAGUCCUGUAGCUCAGUAUGGAAACUACAGUUUUACUGUUCCUGAAGCAUUGAAAUGGUUAAUGAAUAAGUGUGUGCUUUGUUUCAUAGACUGUAGAUGGCGUUAAUUACAUGUGUGCAGAUAAAUGAUACUGCUACCUCAACCAAUCCUGUAAGUGCCAAAUGCUUUAAGUUGCAUGCUGGAUUUGAAUGUUUUUUGCUAGGUGUUACUUAUGAACAUACAUUGGCGCUGAAGUAUUUUCUGUAUAUAUCAGGGGAUAUAUUUAAAAAUAUCAGUGACAUCUGCAAACAAAGGUUUUCCUCAGAACUAAGGUCACUUUUCUGAGCCAUUUUGCAAUGACCUCUUUGCAAUUGGUGUCAAGACAAUUUUUUUGUUGAUGUAUGUAGUCAAUUUUUACUCAAGUUUACACACGUUUACAAGUGUACUAUCAGAAUAACCAUAACUAAACAAUAAUUCAUGUUUAUAAUUCGCCCCUGUUGUUUAUUCCCCCUUGGCCUAUGCACUUGGCUGUAUCAUUUUAAACUUCAUUUAACAUUCUGUGAUUUUUUUCUUAAAUCUAAAUGCCUGCUUUCAAUAUUUUUAAAAUCCUUCAGACAUUUUAAGUGUUGCUUGUGUGUCCAAAUAUUGUCAAGCCAUUGUAUGUGUAUAAUAGGUAUACCAGUUCACCCAUGAACCACUUUAUUAAAAGGACAAUCUUUUAAAAUAGUCAAGAGUAGUAAUGAUGUAUAUUGAGACCCCAACUUCAGAAAGAGGAAUACAAAUAUAUUUUAAAUCGCAUGUCGCUGUCAUGCGCAUCUCGUCAGUAAAGCCACCGGUUCCUUAAUUAGUAAAUCGCCAUCACCUGCUUUCAGAUGGAGCAGCAAUUACUACACAAAGCCAAUCGGGGCAAUUUCGCCUUUAUUAUCGGAGAUUUAUCGCCUUCAAUAUGAAUGCGAUAUAGCCCAGCUUGUCAGUAAACAUCUGAAAGCAGGUGAUGCCGAUUUACUAUUAAUCAAGGAACCGGCUUAACUGACGAAAUGCAAAUGGCUAUCGCAUGCAAUAUAUCGUGCAGCCCUAUCAAACAUAGUGCAAUUAUGGUUUACUGUAUUAGGAAAAACUUCUCUUUGGUUUUCUACUGAAGGAUGAUUUCAUGUAAACCACGUUAAUCCCUGUUACUGAAUUUAUAUAGAAGCAGUUAGUGUUUUGCAAAUGUCCAUGACAAACCUUGUCAAUGUCAAUUUUUGCCACAAAAUAAAGACAACAGUGUAAAUGAUCCAAAGCCUUUGAACCAGAUGCUGUAAAGACAUUCAGAAUCUGAAAUGCAUGCCUGCUGGAUUAAUGGGGUAUAUUUUGUACUAUAUUAAUAUGAAAUGUGUUUUCAAAUUGAUUCUGUUGCACUAUAGAAAGGUUCCAGGCUGCUAGAAAAGCUUGGUAGACCGUUUCGAGGCAGUUUGCAAUAGCAAGUUUAAAGGCGAAAAGUUCAUACUCCACUCAGAGCUCUCUUCAAAGCCAUACCUCUUCAUGUCAAUUACCAGUUUAUUUACUAUUAAUGUAACCUGGUUGUUCAUAUGCGCAUAAAGUGGGUGCAUGAAUUUAUGCAAAUACAUUGUUAGGCAGGCAGGUAGGUACAAAAAUGUCUUGCUCUUGAGACUUCCACAGAAGUUUUUUUUAAUAUUUAGACCACUUUAAUUAUUCAUUGAUUAUUGAUUAGGAUGUGAAGAGAUUCCUCCAGAUCACAAGAUCAUGAAAAUCAUAAAACACCUUUCAUUUACAGUAAGUGGCCCUAAACUUUUUAAAGAAGAUGUAGUGUACAGUAUUCAAUCUAGUACAUUCUUGUCUGUGACAUCACUUUUUAAUAAUAUCAAAUUAAAUAAGCCUUUCCCAAUGGCACUAACAAAAUGUGUUUGGGUGGGGUUUUCAGAUGCAUUACAUAUACACAAUUGGCACAUGCUUUAAUCCAAAGGAACUUACAGUGCAUUUAAGCUAUAUAUAUAUAUAUAUAUUUUUUUUUUGUGAAUUAAACCUACACUGUACAUUUUUGCAUUUUUAUCAAAUCAACAUAUAUUUUUAUGCUACUUUACAGUACCUAAGCUAGAAAACUUCAACUAGUUUUUAUAAGUUAUGUCAACUAUUCACAGGUCAAAACUUAAAAUAGUAGGUUGAAUUCACAUACAAAACCAAGCUGUUUUAACUUUAUGCUGCAUUUUUGCAACCUUUGCGCUGCUAAUGCAAUGCUCUAAAAGUUGAGCUGCAGUAUAUGAUCUUAUGGUACAUGUCAUAAUUUAGACUUAAACCCCAUAUAAUUCUUUAAUAAGACAAGGGUACAUGGACAUGGGGUUUGUGUCCAGGCUGACACACUGGACUCAAACUUGUUUAGGAAUGUUCCUGUUAGGAAUAAACAAUAAUAUUUAUUUAAUCUUUACCAAAGAAACAGUGUUUAGAUAAUAUGUAUGAUUGUUUGUUAUAGUAGAUAAGUAGUUGUUAGAUUACACCUGAAGUUUCUCAAACUUUCCCCCAAAAUCUCAGAAAAUUGGCACUAUAACUAAACAGAUGAAAAAAAAUCAUACCCAAGUAUGUAACAGUUAUUGACAUAAAUCAUUUUGAUAAUUUAAGUAUUCUGGAGACCAUACUGUACAGGACAGGAGAGAUGUGUCAUUGUUUUAAAGGGGAAAUUUUUUGAGACCUUUUUAAGAUGUUAAAUAAAUCUUUGAUGUCCCCAGAGUACAUACUGUAUGUGAAAUUUUAGCUUAAAAUACCAGUAGAUAAUUUAUUAUAGCAUGUUAAAAUUGCCACUUUGUAGGUGUGAGUAAAAAUGUGCUGUUUUAGGUGUCAUUUUAAAUGAAAAUGAGCUGAUCUCUGCACUAAAUGGCAGUGCAGUGGUUGAAUAGUGCAGCUUAAGGGGCGGUGUUAUCCCCUUCUGACAUCACAAGGGGAGCCAAAUUUCAAUGACCUAUUUUUUCACAUGCUUGCAGAGAAUGGUUUACCAAAACUAAACUACUAGGUUGAUCUUUCUCACAUUAUCUACAUUGAAAGAAGCACUGGGGACCCAAUUAUAGCAGUUAAAGCAGGAAAAGUCAGAUUUUCAUUAUAUGUCCCCUUUAAAACACUCCAAACCAUAGCCUUUGCCAUCUGUAAAAUGUACUAUGGAUUUCAGUGAGAUUCAUUAUCUUGCAUAUAUUUUCAUUGUCAUAUAUUUUUGUGAAGCAGCAUUGUUUUCAUUUGUUUUUAAUUGUUGUUGUUUAAGUUUUUUUUAUUUAUUCCAAUGUAUGCUACAAUAAACUAUUUUUCAUGACUCA